UUAGUAGUCCUCUCGACCUCUCCUUCACAGAACAAUUUGCCGACUUUCUGAAAAUUUCAGAAUUGCAUGUGCUACCGCCGUUGAAGCUGUACGUGGUUGAAGCAAAACAGGACGUCUUUGCUAGUUUGGAGGAAGGUUAAUUAAUUCAAGCUUAUUAUAUAUGGAGCACACAACUGACAGAUUAUCAGAAUUGCCGGAACCAGUUGUAGAACACAUCCUAUCAUUCAUCCCCUUGAAAAAAAUACUUCAACUCAGUACAUUGUCCAAGAGAUGGCAAAAAGUUUGGACUUUAUUCCCCAUUCCGCAAUUUAAUUCAAAAUUCUAUGAGUCAAAUUUGUACGAGAUUUCGGGCAACGAAAAAAAGCGGAAAAUCAAAAUAAAGAGUGAGGAGUUCAAUUAUUUUGUGGAGAGAACUUUAGUAUGCCGCUGUAGGCAAAAGCUUAGUAUAAACAUGUUUAAUCUUAAAAUUAGGGUCAUGUGUGAACCAGAUUAUGUUGUUGCGAACCGUUGGAUUGGCUAUGCAAUCAAAAGCAAUGUAAAAGAGUUGAAUCUUGGCUUAAAAUCCUAUGUCUAUAGCUCUGAAGAGAAGCCUGAUGAGUAUAAGGUGCCUGAGAGUAUUCUAAAAGCAAAAUCAAUAAUUUUGUUGAACUUGUUUGGGGGUAACUUGAAGUCGAAGUCAUCUUACAAUGACAUUAAUUUAUCUUCUUUGAGAAAGUUGGUUUUGUCGCGAGUUGAUAUGGAUGAUCAGAUUUUGCGAAGUCUGAUUUAUGGUUGUCCUGUUUUAGAAGAAAUAGAAAUUGGACGCUGUUACGGGUUGAAAAAUAUACAUUUGCCAGCAUGUCUUCCUAAACUCAUGUCCAUUAAGCUGCUGUUCUGUUAUGAAGAACUUGAGAGUUUUGAGAUGGAAGCACCAAAUCUAAAGAAGCUAGUUUUAAAUUCACCCAUUGUGACAGACAAAUGGUUGCACGGUUUCCUUUCUAAACAUCCACUCAUUGAGAGCUUGGAGCUUAGUUAUUUUUGUAUGUUGGAAAGGAUUAAGAUUUCAAGCGAUCACAUGAAGAGUUUGACCAUUGAUCAAUCCAGUGAUCAUUUGGUUGGAGUUAACAUUGAUACUCCUAACUUACAUACACUCGAUUAUUGUGGUGAUGUUAUAUCCCUUUCUUCCAACGCUUUUACUCUAUCGGAAGUUAAUCUUUACUUUUUGAGUGAUACUCCUUUGGAUGUUGAAAAGAUUGAAUUCCUCGCAAAGUUAAGUCAUCCGAAAUUAUUGACUUGGAGUGGUUGUGCCGAGAAUGUGAUUGCUCCAGAAGAAUUGAGAGAAAUACUACCAUCUCCAUUAUAUAAUGUCAAGCAAUUGAAGCUAAUAGUAGAUUAUCCACUUGGGGGAGAUGAAAUCAUCAAACUUGUGGAUGCAAUGUUAUGGUUUUCUCCUCUUCUAGAGAUUCUCUUUAUAGAAUGGGAGUAUCCUUUGAUCGAGAUGGUUGACAAUAUAUCUUUCAAGUUCUCAUAUGAAACUCCUGUUUACAAAUCGAAAAAUUCAAGUUGUUGCAAAUUUCUUCCAUUUCCGUGUUGGCGGCAUUGCUUAAAGAGCAUCAAGAUUGAUGAGUCCAAAAGAUCUGAAAAUGUCAAAGCUCUAAAGAAAUAUUUUCAUAAGAAUGCAGAAAUAUUAGAGAGCAUCCUAUAAUUUCAAGGCCAAUAAAAGUAACAUAGAGGCUGGAUUUGCAAAUAAAAAUAUUAUGGAAAAGUAUCUUUUAAAGAUUCAUAAUUCUUUGAAAUUGUCUCACUGAUUGUGACUUUUGAAUCAUCUUCUAGAAUCUCUUGACUUGAUUUUGUUCAUGUUUAUUUUUACUUUA